AUGCAGCAAGCAGCGGCUGCUGACCCAAACCGCCCAAUAGCCAGGGAAUGCUACGAUCCGGACUCAAACGACCCGAAGUUGUUUCGUAUUGCGAUUUCCGGAAAGUUUUCCCCGGACCUGAAUGACAGGAAAUUUCGACCAUCGAACCUAGACAGUAAUUACUUCCAUUUGAUUGGUAAGGGGAGCCAGGCAAACGUGAUUGCCGCGAUAAAAACAGAUGCAGAUCCGACACCAAUCCCGGUCGCAUUCUUCGGCAGAUACGACUUUCCGAGUGACGGACGCCGCGACGGUGAAUUCAAGCAUAUCCUCAGGGAAUUGCAAAUAGCUCAAUUCCUGCAGCACAAACAUAUCGUGCGCCUUUACGAGUUUUUCUAUGACGAGGAUCAGAACGGAAAGCUGGAACACAUUUGGCUGGUGAUGGAGCGGGCCAGUAUGAGCUUGGCCAAGUUUUUUGACAGUCGGAUUGGCACAGCUCAACCGCGGCCCUAUAGCCAUCAAAACUUGGAAAAGUUGUUCUACCAGUUGCUAGUGACGCUGAACCAUCUGCAUACCAUUGGCAUCAUUCAUCGGGACUUCACCCCAAAAAAUAUCGGGAUUUUGAUGAGCCGCGAGGGUUUCGACGUGAAACUGUUUGAUUUCGGCGUCUCGCGAUUCGUCAACUCGGAACAACAGCACACGAUCCAACCCCGGACGCCAAAGGCCUACUAUCCGCCCGAGGCCCUUGCCGGUCAUGGCCAGUACGACUCGAGGCUGGACAUUUGGUGCGCCGCGCUUGUGAUGCUGGAGGCGUUUGGAGACGACGCGAAUGUCGGUGGAACUACAAAGCGUUUCCAACUGAUGACUCCGGACACUGCCGAAAGCGCGGCCUUGGCUUCGACUCAGCCGUUGAAGGCGAUAGAGAAGAAGCACGAAUACGUCUUCGGCGGUAAUGGGACAAAAUUCGAUGAGCUAGUGCGCCCCAAAGUGGUACAUUGGUGCCGGGCGGCGACGGAAGAGGAGACCACCCGGAAAAAUGAGGAACUGAUCAGCCUACUGCGCCAGAUGCUAGACCGGGACCCGCAACGAAGACCCUUUGCUUGGAAAUGCUUGGACCACCCGUACGUCAAGGGUAUGACUUCCGUGAAUGGCAGAACAACAAAUGCCAGAGAAGAAGCGGAUGAGGCCAGGGAGCAGUUGCGCACAAUUCUGAAGCAAGCGUCGUACAACGUGCAUCUC